AGUUGUGACGCACUGAGGCACCAAAUCGGUCAAGAUAAAGUAUCAGAAAAACUAAUUCCAGGAUGCAGAGGUAUAUGGUGAUUACACAUCUUCAUACAUUUCUUCAAAUCUUCUUCAUCUUGUAAAUAAGAGGAGGAUAAAUCACUAAAGGAGCCCACAAGCUGCAGUUUUAGAAACACCAGUCACCAAUAUGCCAGGUCUGAACUGUUCCUGCGAAGCUCUUCCCACAGCUGAUGAGGCUUUUGUGAUGUGUGGGAUGAAUAUCUCCUUGGUGUUGACCAAAGCUACUGAGCAAGAGCUGGAUGAGAUGUGUUUGACUGAGGACAAGUACCUGGAAAAACACCUGGGGCCUCUGAGGUCCCCCAUGUUCUUUCCCGUCUGUGUCACCUACCUGGCCAUCUUCAUGGUUGGUAUCCUCGGCAAUUCUUUGACCUGUGCGGUCAUUUUACGCUACAGGGUGAUGCAGACACCCACCAACUACUACCUGCUGAGUCUGGCUGUGUCUGACCUGCUGGUUCUGGUGUUGGGCAUGCCAUUAGAGCUUUACGACAUGUGGCAGAACUACCCCUUCCUGCUCGGGGAGGGGGGGUGCUACUUCAAAACUUUUCUGUUUGAAACCGUCUGCUUCGCCUCAAUCCUCAAUGUCACGGCGCUCAGCGUGGAACGCUAUGUGGCGGUGGUCCAUCCCCUAAAAGUCAAAUACAUGACCACACGUGCUCAUGUCAAGAAGGUCAUCUUCAUGCUGUGGGUGCUGUCCAUGCUGUGUGCCAUGCCAAACACCAGUCUGCAUGGGAUUAAGGCGCUGCCUUCACAGUUUGGACGAGAGUUUCCUCGUUCUGCUAUCUGCCAGUUGGUCAAGCCGGCCUGGAUGUACAACCUGAUCAUCCUGAUCUCCACGCUGGUCUUCUUCCUGCUCCCCAUGCUGAUAAUUAGUGUUCUCUACCUGCUCAUUGGCUUGCGGCUCCGCAGGGAGAGGAUAACGACCGUGGUGGACACCAGGUGCAGCUUCGAACCGGAAAGUCUCUCCAGGUCCCAUAAGCAGAAGCUGAGCAAACGCAACGUGCAAGUCACCAAAAUGUUGUGUGUGUUGGUGAUUGUGUUCGGCCUCUGCUGGGCUCCUUUCCACAUGGAACGCUUGGUGUGGAGCUACAUCGACAAAUCGUCCACGCAGCACCUCAAGAUCUUCGAGCACGUUCACAUCAUCUCUGGAGUUUGCUUCUACCUGAGCUCCGUCAUCAACCCCAUCAUCUAUAACCUGAUGUCCACCAGGUUCAGAGAAAUGUUCAGUCACAUGACAUGUCAUUCUAAAAGCUUGCCCAUGCGCUCGAGCUUACAGAUGACACAACGCAGCACCUUGAGCGAGAAAACGCCCAACAGUAUGAAACUGAAUUAGGGUCCUCUGAGCCAAAGGAGGUCCACGAACAUUACACACAGACGGGUCAAAAACUGAAUAACUGAAUGGAGGAAUGCAACAAAUACAGGGAACGAGGGGUUACGGAACGGUUUGAUGACCCUGACGGUGGUGUGAGUCGUAUCCUGUGGCCUACACAGAUGCAAGAUCUGAUACAACCUGAACACCUAUGGGAGACUGUGAACUAACCACCAUCAUCAGCAAACCAAAUUAGGGAAUAUCUUAUGGAAGAAUGUUGUUCACCCCUCUAAGAGUGCUCAGAGACUAGUGGUAAAUCUAUGGUAAGGAGUCUUGAAUCUGUUCCACUCAUGGUGGCCAAGCACACUCAAAUGGGAAGGUUUUGACCUACAAGACAACAUCCUGAACGAAGUGAGAAGAUGACCAAGUCAAUGCAUAGAUGAACAAUAAAAUUAUCAUAUAAAUGACAAAACUGCAUUUUUAUGCAUGGGAAAUAUAACCCCACCAACUGUCUGAAAAGUAAAUAAUUUCUGUUUGUGUGCUGUAUUCAUUGUACAUAGUGUAUAAUGUGAACCAUAACAUUUUCAGGCUUGCUUAUUUACAGCUGUACGGCUCUGAGUGCCAACAUCAACAUGCUGUCAGAGCAAAGAGUGAAUGCACAACAGCUCCUGUUCAAAAGCAACGAACACUUGUCUGGGGCGUGAAUCACAGGUGGAAAUGAAAAUUGAUUAAGAGAAACAGGAAUAAAAAUAAGAUAGUUUGAAUGUGUUAUUAAACCAGCGACAAGGCUUAUAAUUCAAGUGCCUCACAAGUAUUCAAAUUCUAUUCAGAAAAUACUUGAGGCAUAAUGAUUUUAUAUGCCAGCUGCCAUUUUCCCACAUAUACAUCUUUGAUAACUGCGUGUAUGUUUACUUCUAUGCUAUAUAUUAGUAAUUCUACAUAUUGUACAGAGUAAUUACCAGCAUAUACAUGAUAAUGGUUAUUGCUAGUUGUAAAGCGUCACAUUCAUGUUAUUUAAUGUGUGGUUUAAUGUAUAGAAUAUCUACUCUUUUAUUAGUGCAAAAGUGAUGCAUUGAUGCGUUAUUCUUUACUGUUUAAUGAAAACAUGUAUGUUUUUCCCAGUGUAUACCCUUGAAAUACUAUGUUUGAUUCCAUGACCUGCUUUGGAAUAUCAAUGCUAAUGGCAAGAUGUGCUAGCUGAGAUUUUGUUCUUAUUACUUGUUUUAAAGAAAUGAAUAUAAUG